AUGCCAUCCUCCUUUGGCUCACUAGCUUCUGAUUCUGACCCACUCAAGGGUGCGACCAUUAAGAGGAACGAGCUCACGGGGGAGAUCUUUGUAGCCAGAGUGAUCCACGGAGGCCUGGCUGACCGCAGCGGCCUGCUUCAUGCCGGCGACAGGAUCAUGGAGGUCAAUGGUUUUGCGGUGGACGGUUUGGAGCCAGAGCAAGUCAUCCAAGUGGUGCAGGCGUGCGCUCAAGGCACCAUCAUGUUCAAAGUGGUCCCCAUCACAGAGCGCCCGGUGCACAGCCAAACCACGAUGUACGUGCGGGCCAUGGCGGACUACAACCCCGCCGUGGACCCCAACAUCCCCUGUCCGGACGCAGGGGUGAGCUUCACACGGGGGGACGUCCUGGAGAUCGUGGACCAGACCGACGCUCUGUGGUGGCAGGCCAGAAAGCUACCCACGUCCAGCGCCUGUGCCGGCCUCGUGCCCUCCACCGCUCUGCUCAAACGGAAGCAGAGGGAGUUUUGGUGGUCUCAGCCGUAUCAGCCCCAUGCCUGCAUACACACAUUGAGCACUGUGGAGGAGGAAGAAGACCUGAUGGCGCUUGAGGACAAAUGCGUUGAAGCCGACGAGGAGACGUUUGAGUCUGAAGAGCUGCGAGAAGCAGACGAUGACUGUGGUUUCAACAAAGACCAGAUGUAUCUCGCUGGCUUCAGGCGGAGUUUGCGCCUCUGCCGUCGCCGCUUCCACAGCUCGGUGCAGUCUUCCUGUCAGGCCCAGUGUCUCAGCAGCUGCUGCUACAGCGCCCUCUGCAGUCCGUAUGAGGAGGUGGUGCGGCAUCAACGCAACCUCCAGGACCCUCUGCGCCUGGUGGCUCUGCUGGGGGCGCCUGGUGUCGGAGUGACUGAGCUGCGGCGGCGCUUGAUCCAAACACAUCCACAGCUCUUUCAGGGAGCUGUUCCUCAUACCAGUCGACCACAGCGAGAUGACGAGGAGUCGGGCAGAGAAUAUCACUUCAUCAGUCGAGAAAUCUUUGAUAAUAUGAUUCAUGACAACAAGUUUCUUGAGUACGGAGAGUACAAAGGGAACUAUUACGGCACGAGUAGUGAGGCGGUCAGUGCGGUUUUGAACAGCGGGAAGAUCUGCGUCAUCGACAUUGAGUCUAACGCUCUCCAGGCGGUGCGGACCCCCGAGCUCAGGGCCUUUGUGGUCUACAUCAAACCUCCGUCUGCAGAGCGGCUGAGGAAAACCAGACACAAUGCUCAGAUCCUCACCAACUACUACGCCACGCGCCCGUUCAAGGAGGAGGACUUGGUGGAGUUGGAGGAGUCGGCGCAGAAGCUGGAGUUACAUUUCUCUCAGUUUUUCGAUCACGUGGUGGUGAACGAGGAGCUGCAGGAGGCCUGCGCGGAGCUGAGGUCCGCCGCCACCCGAGCCCAGGAGCAGCCGCAGUGGGUUCCCUCCAGCUGGAUCCGCCCUCAGCAAUAA